UGACAGAAAUUGUCAAGUGUUAAAGUUGACAAGGGACUACUAAGUAAUGUCAAUAAUAAGCGGCAAGUGUGCUAUUUUUCCUAAAUAAAUUUCUAUUUACGUUGAUUUUAUCCAAUAAAACAUGGAAGAAAAUAUUAAGCAUUUGAAAGAAAUCAUUUUAGAUGAAAAUAGAAUCGUUACAUAUAUUUCUAUAAGCAAGGAAUUAUGUGUUCACGUCAAUGAGGCGAAACAAUUACUACAAGAUGUUGUUGAAGCUAUUAAGAAAGAGCAACCGGAUGUAAAACUUAAUAUUAAUUACUUGGUAUCAGGAUUAUCGGAUACCAAUAAGGGUCAAGUUAUUAUAUGCCCAGAUAGAGACUAAAAACUCAGAGAGACGUUUAAAUUAAUAUUCUUUUCUCAUAUGUACAGUGUCAAUAAAGGUUGUAAUUUGUUGGAUAAAGUCGCUUAUACAUCAAUAAAUACAUUUGAAGACAUACCUUUAUGCAUAGGCCUAAUAAAAAACGACUAUUGCCUAAAGAGAACAACUGGUGAAAUAAGUAGUUUAAAAACUAAUAGCCAUGUUGCAUCAAGUAGUAUACAGAAUGAGCAUAAACCACAAAAAGAUACUAAGCCAAUCAAAGCAAUGAAGAAAAAUGAACAUGAAGAUACACUAAAUGAAGUUAUGCCAAUGGAGAUUGAGAAAGAACCAGAAAUCAAAGUAAAACAAGAAAUUCCUUCACCUAAUAAGAAGACUCCCAACACAACCAAAACUUUGGAUAAGAAAUUUGGAUCUAAAUCCUCCAAGGGCAUAGCAGGAUAUUUUUGCAAAGCCAAUAUGUCAACUACAAAAAAUGUUAAUGGUUCUACACAAGAUACAAAAGAAAAUAAACUUGAAAUAAAAACAGAGAAAGUUGAGACUGUGAAACUGGAAAAAAUGGAUGUAGAAGAAAGUUCAGUAAAUGAAAAUAAAAAUACAGUUUAUAUAAAAGAAAGUCCAGUAAAUGGAACUAAAAAUAAAAAAGCUGAUGUUACGAAAAGUCCAGAACAUAGCACUAAAAGUAAAAAAUCAAACAAUCUAAUCAAGCCAAGUACAAAAGUAGAUAAAAGGAGAAAAAGAGUAUUACAUGUUUCAGAUAGUGAAAGUGACCAUGAGGAGAAUGAUCCCUUCACUGAACAAAUGAAUGUUGAUAAUGAAUCAGAUGAUGAAAUACCCCCAACACCAACGGUCAAUACUGUUAAAAUUACUUCAGGUAUUGUUAAUCCUAAGAAAAGACGGAAAAUUGUUGAUAAAACCUAUACAGAUGAAGAUGGCUACAUUUUGACAAAGAAGGAAGAGGUUUAUGUUAGUUGCUCAGAAAACGAGGAAGAAACAGCAAAGAAAGAAAAUGUUGAAAAUAAAACUACAAAUAAAAUUGAAGUGUCACCCAAGGGGAAGCAUACUAAAGUACCCAAGAAAAAGAUUUCACCACCUCAAAAAGGAAAACAAGCCACAAUGACUAAUUUCUUCAAAAAAGUUUAGUAUAACUAGACAUCAUUUAAUGCAAAA